AUGCUGAAACCAUUCCGCAUCCGAAACCUUUAUUUCAAUUCUACCGAUUUGGUUGAUUGCUCUGGCGUCGUCCAAGUCUCUCCCCAGCAGUACGAUCACGAGAUUAAGACCGCUCCGGAAGCCUUGCUUGCAUAUAUCGACGAGGACGAUGGAGAGACCGUUACUGUCGGCUCUUCCCUUGAACUGGAGCAACGACUUCUAGAACCGCCAGGUCGAUUCUCGAGCUGGUACGGCCACCUCUCUACCGACGACCCGCCGCCGCUCCAUAUAUUUGACAUGCAGCAAUCAACGCGUGCCGCAGAGGCAUGGCGUAGAUAUGUUGUACAUCACAAUCAACCAUCGGCACCAGUACCAGCUCAACCGUCUGGACCGAUAUUGGAAAAGCGCAAGCACGAUGAUUACCUAUCGCUGCUUGCAAGAUUUCAGGUUCUCGAAUUGGAAGUGAAGUUGCUGAAGGAAGCUUUCAAAAUGCACCAAAUCACCAUUCCAGUGCAACCUCAUCAACCACAACAGUCUGUCAUUGCCAACGCAUGCAAGAACUCGGAUCUGUUCAUCCAAUCUCCGCCUUGUGCCAUGCAUCCAACCUACUCAAGUUCGAAGCAAGAGCCGCCGAUCGAAAGUGGAAGCCAAUACACUGACAACACUAGCUCUAACUGGUGGAAACAAUCGGAACUGCGGGCGCCAAACCACCACAGUACUGAAGACGCUACCGUGCUCAGUCACAAUCAUAAUAAUCUCAACUGUUCCCAGCACCUACCUCAAGAGAGGAAAAACGUCUUCCCUUUGUUUCCACAAAGCCACGUCGGGACUCUUCGACCAGAGCCAAAAAGUAUGAAACGAGAUGCAUCAGACAGCAUGGCCCAAGAAGCUGGUCGGCUUUGUUUGAAUUCGACAAUUCAUCGUAAUUCACGAGAGUCUUCGAAAGUUUCCAAAGCAGAGGCUGGGAGUGUAUCACCUGAGACUAAUCACUUAGACAGUCCCAGGUUGCCGAUGGAGAACCAUCUGGCAGAGGACAACGCUGCAAGAUUUCCUGAAGAACAUUUGCCAAAGUUGACUUCUCUACGACAGGCGUUUGAAGAUGCAGAAUUUCUUAGCACAACAUCUCCGUCUAUCCGGUCCCAACAGUCAGCAUCAAACUCAUUGUUGGAUCUCGAGCCUGAGGCGGAGAUCGCACGGUUCCCCACGAUAUUCCAACUGGAAAGGGAGGAUCUUCAUUCGGUAAACAGCAAGGGCACUAAUUUGCAAGGUCCUGCCGAUGUUUGUACACCACUAAUAAGGGCAAAAACCGUUACUUCUUCCAAUCCCGCUGCUCGUUUGUUGCAGCCAUUUGAUCCAGCGACAGAAAGGUUGGCGAUUGCUAGUAAUCAGAACUCUGUGCCACGUCGUAGUGGUACCGAAAUACAUCGACGUCGACCUUAUGCCGAGCAAUUCAGUGGUACAGGCAGAACUUUGUGGGAAGAAUUUGAGCGACCACAGAGACACAGCACUGCGCCGAGGAACUCAAACAGGCCUGAACCUCGCUGUUUGGAUGUCCUUCCUUCACAGCCCAAUCACUCGGUUUUUCGAUCACAGUCUUUGGUUCACCAUCAGCCUUCGGACCACCCACAUUCACGUCGUCUAGCUCCCAUGCAAAGUGCCCUUGAUCUGUCCGGAAGACAACGCUAUCAACGGGAGACAUCUGGUAUAGAUCAGUUACGACAUCAUUCUGCUGCGGCCGCUAGCAGCCCAAAUCCCGUUCGAAGGGCGAACACCAACUCCGACCAUAGCCGGGAAAGAAAUGUCCGAAACUGCAUCCGAACACUGCAGGAGAUGGGCUACAAGCCACACUCCAGACUUCCAAUCUAUGCCGAAGCAUGCGAUGGCAAGCUGUCCGCAGCCAUGAAGAUGGCAGAAGAGGAUGAGAAAGCCACGCAGGAGACCCGGAAGAUCGCCAAGAUGGAACAGGUGGUAUUCGACUGUGUUCAGCAGCUCAAGAGUAUGGGAUUUGGCGCUGAGCAAGACGACGAAGCUCUGAAGGGAUUUGCCCAGAGAGCGGCCGGGAAUGUGGAGCUGGCGAUAGACGCUAUCGAGAGGCAGAGUCGGAGGGAUAGAGAGGGCCCCCGGGACAAGCUGCGCAGCGGAGCGCAUGGAGGAUGGUUCAUGAAUGCGGGCAUGCCUGGGUCUUUUCCUUGA